CAGGAAGGAGGGGGCAGGGAAAGCAGAGCUGUGAUGUAGACAGCGAAUCACAUGAGCAUGGAUCUGUUUACAAACUGAGAGCUCCAUAUACAUGAAGUAAAGAAGAGAGACAAGGACAAGGGAAAAAACGAGGGAUCGAAGCCUCCAUGUGAAGAAUUUUGUUGUGUCACACAGCCUCCUUUGUGUUGUGCCUUCACAGCAGGAAUGCAGGUGAAGAGAUGAAGAGCUGCUUUCCGCAAGAACACCGAGGCUGCUUGCUUGGCUGGCUGUGUUGCUGCCAUCCACGUCCCUUCCCUUUGUAUCUCCAUAAUUGGCCACGGCAGGUUUCCACAGCCAGAGAGGGAAAAAGCGACGUGGAUAUCUAAAACAGGAGAGAAGAAGGGAAAGAAGAGCUGAAAGAAGGGAGGGAGAGAGCCUUGUGACAAUGUUUUGUAGUGGAAAACGAAGCAAAAAGACAGGUACUGCUCAUUAAAAGCUUCAAGCACUGCGCUGUAUGGGAAUCAGAGUAUUCUUAUUCAGAUAUUAUGAUCAUUUUGUUCCACAUGGCUUCAACCUUCAAGACUAGUUUUUAAUGUGAAGCAGGACAAAGACAUUGAACAAUUGCAGUUUCAUCCCAUUGGAAUUAAGGAGGAUGUUUGGGCCACAUUUUUGGCUGAAUUAUCUCUGACGGAGUAAGUGGAGUACAAAUAAGCAGCUGUUUCUUCCGAUGACUGAGAAACUGGCUGCCUCCUGACUACAAGAAUUCAACACUUUGUACAUGCCAAUUGUAUGGGGAUAAAUUACUGUAAAAAGUGGAAGCUGCAACAAUCAACCUUUUGGGGAAUUACAUUGGUCACUUGUCCAAAGAAUUUUCUGACCUUGACAUCUCUACCAUCUACAACAUUUGAUGCAACCUUUCCAGUGGUGUCACGGGUGUCGGUGUGACCUUGCAUUGCAGAACUCGGACCCCUCCUGCAAGAUGACGUCUGAAGAGCUCUUUCACUUGCCACUCAACGUCUACAUCAUCAUUCUGGGCAUCGGCCUUUUUAUCCUAAUGCUCAGCCUCAUUUUCUGCUGCUACCUGUUCAGACUCAGGCGACAAGGUGCAAGAGAACACUACGGCUACAAUGAGGUUGUUCUAAAAGGAGCAGGGAAGAAACUGAGCCUUCUUGGGCAAACAUGCGCGGUGUGUUUAGAAGAGUUUCGCAGCCGGGAUGAGCUUGGAGUGUGCCCAUGUUCCCAUGCUUUUCAUAAGAAGUGUCUGCUGAAAUGGUUAGAGAUCCGUAGUGUCUGCCCCAUGUGCAACAAGCCAAUAUGUCGCCUCCAGCCUGGGCCUUCACAAGCUGCCGAGGAGCCACAGGGACUCCUGGAGGUCCGCGAGGGACCGCAAAUAUGAAUGGCACAACCUGUCAUCUCCAGUAGAUCCACACCUGUUACUUCAACCAUCCAACAGACUAGUACAGUAACAUUUUUAUAAGACAAAUCUUAUGGCAGAAGGACUUACUCGAAUGUGAGUGUCCUCUUUCAAAACUGUUAAAUAACUGUUUCUAAAUGUGGAGUAAAAACAUUGUACAAAAGGCAUUUUCUUCAAACUUUCAGAGAAACAGUGGCAUUUUUCUAAAUGUUAGAUAGGCUAUAUACCCUGAAGACGACACUACUCUACUACUCUCACUGACUGCCUGAUAUGCUUUUCUAAAACAGCUACGCCACAGUCACAUUAAGGUCACUGGGCACAUCACACAUUUGUGCGAUACCUUAUCUCUUGAAUUUGUGGGGCACAGAAGCCAAAUAAAAAGUUCUUGUCCAAUCACAUGCUCUCCUCCUAAGUGCAUAAUUGUACAAUACUUGUACAAUGUAUAUUGGAAAAACUGACCUUUAUGGUGAACCUAAGCUCAUGUGGAUGAAAAAUGUGCAACUACAACCUUUUUCUUAUUUAUAAAUUUGGGGAAGAUGGUCAGUUCAGAAUGAGCCAAUCACAUUAAAUCUCAUGUUAAACAGUAGUCAGUCCACACCUGAACAGGAUAAGGGGUAUCAAAACUAUGUAUGUAUGUAUGUAUGUAUGUAUGUAUGUAUAGUGCAAAUUAAAAUUACUGGUAAUGGAUGGCUUUUUUUUUUUUUUAUAGAAAAACCAAUACAUGCAAUCUAUAGUGGUUAGCACAUCUGACACAGUUCUGAGAUUCAGGAUUUGAAUUUCUGCUCGUAAUCCUGUGUGGAGUUUGGGCAAGGUGCAACUUUCAAUAGGUAUCGCUCACAUUUAUGAUGCCGUGAAUAGUGGGGCUAAUAUGAAUAAGAACCACCACUACAACAGGUUUCUCUGCCAAUGACAUGAUCAGCUAAAAUGACCAACGUUCCAGAGCCACUCACAAGAGAAAGUCCAGCCCCCGGACUAAACGGAAGCGCCAUCAUUUCUAAGCCAAAACGUAAGCAGUACUGCAGUCUUAGUACAGAUGAAGCAUGCAUCACCACCUCUGUGUUAGAAAGAGAGAGAAAGAGAUUGAACUCUGGCUAUAUUCUUAAAAUGGUAGUCAGUACACACCUGAAGAGGAUAAGCAGUAUCAAAUGUAUGUACAGUAUGUAUGGAUGUAUGUAUAGUGCAGUUUAAAUGAAUGGCAAUUCUUGAUGUGUGGAAUAAAAUUAAGCUCAGAGU